UUUCUUUUCGUCUCUUUGCUCAUUCUGCAGUUCUCUCCUCCAUUAAGUGGUACUUUCAUCUUUGGAUGAUCUCCCUUUCCAUAUCAAGAUGAUCUGUUCCGUUCCGUCAGGUAAAUCGGAUUCGAGUUGGUUGGACCGUCUUCGAUCUUCUAAAGGUUUUCCCGUUGGCAAUGAUCUCGAUCUUGAAGAAUUCCUAAACCCUAACUCCGAUCAGACUCUUACUUCCGACGGCAGUGUUUCUGAUGUAGUUCAGGGGAAGAACUCUCCUAAACUAAUCUCCGAUUCUGCACCGUUGGACAUGAAAUCAGUCGUUGAGCGGAGGAACAACGCCGUGAAUUCUGGUUUCAGGAAGCAUAGGAAGAAGGAAAGCUUGUUUAACGUAAUGAGCAAUGUUCUUGCAGAGCUCUUUUACAUGGGAGACCAGGGCAGCCUUGAGAGGAUUAGAGGAUCUGUGGAGAAAAAGAGCUCUCGGAAACAACCUAACCCUAGGAUUUGUUUGUUUACUGCAUCUGCCAACGUAGACGAUGGUCGCUUGGCUAGUCUACGGAAGGAUGACGGUGUACCAGCAAUGUCACCUUCAAUCGCCGAUAAUAGUGUAAUAGAAGUUAAGCAAAACGGGUAUCGCCUCGUGCCGAAGAAGAGAGGAAAGAGCGCUUCUCUUACUUUCGUAGAGGAGAAGUCGCAGACAGAUCCUUCGUCCUACUCUUGUGUCGAAGUAACCAUCAUAGACACGAGUUCUUCAAUUUGGAAAUCUGGGAAACUGAUUUUCAGGAAGGGGAAUGUUUGGAAGGUCCGUGACAAGAGGUUGAUGUCUGGGAACUGGACUGCGUUUAGAAAGAAGAGGAAGGCGAGUGAGUCUGAUAAGAAGGUCGGAGGAAAGAAGAAGAAGGUCGGAGGAAAAAACAAAAAAAAGCUUUCUCAAUCCCCGUUGAACACAUCCACGGAAGCAGGUCGGGAGGAACUUACAAAUCCAUCCUUUGAGGUUCAUCAGAAUGCUAGAGAGGAACUUCGGAAGGAGACACCAGUUAUUGGAAGCCAAGUUCCUAAAAAGAGGUCACAGUUCUCUAGGUCACCAAGGAAACCGGCCAACAGUAACUCACCUGUUUUUCAUGUACAAGGCAUUUCAGCGAGCAUGAAGGAACAGGGGGUGCACCUUCCAAGCAGCAGUAGUCUCUAGUAUACAUGUUGAAGACUUCCUGGAAAUGGAUGCAUUUAAGCUGUUAAAAUGGACAUAGAUCAACAUGAAAUGCUCACUAAAACGAAAAAACCAACAAACCAGGUGCACUGCACCAGCUAACAGGCUAUUUGCAAAUCAAGGCAGAAAGACUGAAUUUUCCCCAAGGAGAUCUGCAUGGCCUGAAAAACUGGAUUUAACAAGUGAGGUCAGGAUAUUGUGUCAUCUUUUGUUGGAUCAAACUCGAAUUGACUAUGAAUUUUUCUGUUCUAUCUUGGCGCAAUUAGAUUGCCAACAAUUUUAAUUCUCUUUUCCAGGAAAAUGCUUUUCAAUGUCCA